CUUUGAACUAAAACCCUAAACCCUAGAUCUUACCCAAAACUCUACCAUUCUCUUUUGCUUUGGCUCUGUUACGAUUUCUCUACAAUUCUACAAUAAUGGCUUCAAGGUGUAGUAGAAUUAUGAAUAGGGCUUCAAUUUCUUCAAUCAGAUCUGCAAUUAAACUCAAUUCCCAAUCAGCUCCUUCUACGACGUCGUUUUCUAGUUUCUCUGCUUCAACCAGAUCUACUUCGUCUCCUCUUCGACGUUUCUCCAUUUCAAGAAUUCCGUCGGAGCUGGGAGGAUUGCAGUCAAUGUUGCCACUACACAAUGCAGUUGCUACAGCGAGGAUGACGUCAUGCCUGAGCUCAACAUCGAGGAGUUGCAGAGCUCUUUCACAGGGUACUCUUUGCUGCACCUCUCCAGACCUCUAGCAUUGUUCAUUUAUUACUCCCCCAAAAUGAAAAAGAAGCACAUGAGUUUCCAAAAGCAUGAAAGAAAUAGACUGGGAUAUGACUGGCCUUCCUAUUUUACUUAAAUGAUACUGAAGGAACGUGAAAUUUUUUGCUCUUCAGAAGGAGAGCUGGGUCUCUCGGUACCAAGGUGACUUCGAUAGCAGAUUGUUAAAGAAAGUUGUCAAAUCUUUGACUGGAAAGGAAGAUUUUGUCCUAGACAAGACAGUUCUGUUUAAUGACUGCUCAAACUUUACAUAAGUGGUAACAAUAUUUGAUUGUAUCAAACUUUCAGCUGGUUUUGCUGUUAAUUCUACUUCUGAUUCCUCGAUUAAUCGGGAUCUUACUAUUGGAUAAUCAUUAUUUCUUUGUUGGGCCAA